AUGUCUCAAUCUCGCUGGGCAAGGACCGACACGGAGAAGCGCGUGUUAGACCUUCUCCAUAUAAAGUUUUUGCUCGAUGGCGGCACCGACAGCUUCACCGAAAGUUUCCAUCUCCCGCCACGAAGUGAUAGGAUCCGAGGCUUCUUCUAUCACAUGCAAAGCGAAUGGGAGCCCGGAGCUGGUAGUGUGGACUUGCAAUCGGCACAAGAUAACUCUACUAAUAUAGAACCCACUCUGACGGGAAGUGGUUUUGACUAUUUUAAUUCAUUCUUUCAAAAGGGCAUCUCUUCUUUUGCGUCCACCGACAUAUCAUCCAUCGACUUCCAGGGAGUUGAACAAGGUCCCUUUGUCAAAGAAAUAAUACAAGACAGCCCAAUCAGUUCUAAAAUGAUCGUGGCCAUUAUCGACCAUGUCUCCAAGCUCGACUUAGAUGCGAGUGCCAAACAAACCGUUCUCAGUGACCUUCACUUCCUCCUGACCCCCGCUCGAGUUCGCAACUUCAUCAGUCUUUACUUUAGGCAUUGGCAUCAAAACUAUCAAAUGAUCCACCUGCCGUCCUUCAGCAUGGAUGCCGCUCCGAUUCCGCUACUGACUGCCAUGGUGUUUAUGGGCGCACUAUACUCAGGUAAUGAAACCGAGAGUACAGUGGCCCGGCGUCUACUAGACUUUGCAGAAUUAUUUGUCUUUUCCACCAAAACGUUUACGUAUCAACACACCGUCGGUCAAGACUUGUUUCCUGAUACAGUGGCGAAUAACCUAUGGCACGACCCUUGGCAAUUGGAAAACUUUCAAGCAGCCAUCAUCCUAAUUAUUGCACAGUACUGGGCCGGUAGUCGAAGUUCGUCGACCCGUGCGGUCGAAGUGCGAUUUAACGAUAUAAUCUUGGUGGCCCGCCGGAUAGGCCUCACUCAUUGUCGGCAUUCACCGGAAGACGUGAUUCACGAAUCUCUCUGGAUUCAGAAAGAGACCCAAAUCCGAAUAAUCAACGUCGUCUUGCUCCUCGAUUGCGCGUUCGUCUUUUUUCAAAACUACCCAUGUCGCUUUUCCAUAUCCGAGCUCGUAUUUGAUCUGCCAUGUAACGAUUCCUUUUACCACGCCCAGCACCCUUUCGCGCAGCAGAACUUUUGCUUCAGUCGUGCGGCCACCGUAUUUGACGCUUUCCAAGUGCUACUUGCAAGUAAAUCGUCUGUGAAAGGCAGCACUAUUAUUUCAUCUGAUACCAAUGACGGCAAAAGAUUCAAGGUAUCAGUAUCAGUUCUUGACAUGUUUAUCCUAAUUCAUGUUCUUCAUAGUUUUCUUAAUUCGUGCAUAACAACCUUUCUUCCCGCUAUGGCAAAAGUUAAUAAACCAUCAUCUACUCCCUCGCCACUGGCAGCAAUUGCAUCCGCCCUUGACCUCUGGCACCAGCUGUGGGUUGGUCUACAAGCCGAAAUCGCUUCUCAAGAGUGGAAAAUGAUGGGCUUUUACAAAAACGGCUACAACUACUGGCUAGUGGCGCAAUUGCUAGUUGAAAAAGAGAAGAAGUCGGUUGACAUAAUAACCAAAAUGGAGGGUUUGUGCCUUGAUCGACUGGAAAGGUUGAACUUGUUGCUACUGGAAGAUAAUAACGAAUAA